AUGAACCAUGAAUUGGGAAAUGAUAUAGCAAGGGCUGUAAUUCAACAGUUCAACAACUUGACUUUAAAGUCUGGCAAACCAACAACACGGUCAAAUGGGGUAAAAGAGUGGACUGUACUCGCUGGUGUUGUUGCCAUCAUCCAUAACCAAAUCAUACCCAUCACUUUAUCAACAGGUGUGAAAGUUUUACCAGAUAAAGUUCGAACUUAUUCACAGGGGAAAAUAGUACAUGACAUGCAUGCUGAAGUGUUGGCAUUGAGACUUUUCAAUUAUUUUCUUUUGCAAGAAGCAUCAAAUUCGGAAUCAAAGUGGGUUAGAAAACACGACAAUCGACUCAAGUUCCGAGGAGAUGUAAAAUUGGCAUUGUUUGUUAGCGAACCACCGUGUGGAGAUGCUUCAAUGAACUAUUUGUCAUCAUCGCUAGCAUCUAACGAAGCUUGGACCUCGGCAGCAAAGGAUACUACUUUUCAAAGGGGUCGCAAUAACUUUGAUCAAUUGGGAGUCGUGAGAACAAAACCAGGCAGGACUGAUAGCCUUAUUUCAUUCUCCAAAUCGUGUUCGGACAAACUAUGUUUAAAGCAACUUACCGGGAUAUGCAACGCAGCCACAGCACAUGUUUUUGAGCCCAUAUAUUUAAGUUACUUGGUGGUCAACAAUAUUGGCGCAACUGAUUUUGAUCGUUGCUUUCGGAAUCGUUUUCAGUUUGGUCACGAAGCGCAUUACUUAGAGCUUCUCACAUACGAUGACGACAGAUACGAAUUUCAUAAAUCUGAUGAUAGAGAACCGUCACCACUUUCAUUGUUGUACAUUGCCCCGUACAAUUUUCAUCAAGUGUUGAACAAUGGAGUGAAAAAUGGGGCAUAUACGAAGAACAAGCCACCUAGACCAAACGGCGAGAGUGUGGUCAGCAACCAAAGACUCACGCAAAAGCUCUCUCAAUUUUGCCAAAUAAACCAGCCAAGCUACAUCUUGUUUAAACGUUCCAAUACACAGAGACAAGCCCUAAAACUCAAAGGUCAAGAAACUCUACAAAACUGGAAACAUACAACUCCAGAUGAUUUCGAUUUGUAG